GCGUCGCAAAGCCGGUCCCGCGCGAGGUCACAUGACGCACCCCAGGUGUUGCAAGAUGGCGGACGUAGCUCCGGCUUCUUCCUCCCCGGAGCGCGGCGACCGCUACUGCCUGGUGAGCUGCGUCCCAGCCCAGCUUCGCUCGGCCGAUCUCCGCUCCUACUUUAGCCAGUUCAUCGAAGCCGGCGGCUUCCUUUGCUUCCAUUAUCGGCAUCGCCCUGAACGGGAGGAGGAGCAGCAGCUGGGCGGCCCUUCAAAGCCAGGAAGGCGGACCUGCUGUUGCCUGGUGACGGUGAAGCCCGGGUGGUCUCUCCGCUUGGUUCGCAUGUAUUCAGGCAAACGGUGGGUCGACGCGCAGGGGGAGACGCUGCCUGGGCGGUGCAUCAUACGAAGAGUCCGGAUUUCCCCGGACAGAGAAACCGACUUAUUUUGUUAUAAAACCAAAAAGGAGCUACACACUAUAUCAAGAGAAACUUUCACUCGGGAUGAUUUUGAACGACUCCCUGAACUGAAUCCUCCUGCUGUAAUGCCUUAUGGAAAUGUGGGAACUCCAUUGCGAGUCUUCUUAGAGCUUAUCAGAACUUGCCGAAUGCCCAGCCGUGUUAUUAAAAAACUGCAGUUACAGUUCCCUAAGUCUGGCUCAUCUCGCAGGUAUGGGAAUGUACCAUUUUCAUAUGAGGGAUCUGAUAUUAUUGUAGAAGAGGAGCGAGUUUACACAGCUACGGGAGAAGAAAUAACAGAAGGAGACCACUUGCCAAAUGUAGAGUUAGUAAAUCAAGAUGAUGAUGAUGCAGGAGAGAGAGACCACGAAGAUCCGGAAAAGAAAGAAACAGAUGACUCUGAAGUGGAUUGCGAGGAUGAUGAUAGAUGUGAAGAGUGGGAACGGCAUGAGGCCUUGCAUGAAGAUGUCACCAGCCAGGAACGCACAAAGGAACGUUUGUAUGAGGAGGAAAUUGAGCUAAAGUGGGAGAAAGGAGGCUCCGGGUUGGUCUUCUACACAGAUGCACAAUAUUGGCAAGAAGAGGGAGCAGAUUUUGAUGAAGAGACAGCUGACGAUUGGGAUGUCGACAUGAGUAUCUACUAUGACAAAGAUGGUGGUGACAAAGAUGCUAAAGAUUUGGUACAGAUGCGGUUUGAACAAAGACUUCGGGAUGGUUUAGAAAAUGGGUCUAUCCUGGGUCAGCGAAUUGGGAACUUUGAAAAAUAUACCAAGGGCAUUGGCCGAAAAGUGAUGGAAAGGCAGGGCUGGAGCGAAGGUCUUGGCUUGGGAAGCAGCAGUUCAGGAAUGGCUGAAGCCUUGGACAAUGAGGGACGGAAUCCCCGAUGCAAAAGAGGUUUGGGGUAUCAUGGUGAGAAACUCCAGACUUUCAUCAAACCGAAGAAUCCACGCAGGGACAGCUACAGCUUCAUUUCUACCAUCUAUGAUGACCCUCAUCCUGUGGACUCAGAAGAGCAGCUUCUUCGGCGUCAGCUGCCAAUCAGUAUGAAGUACCGGCAAGAGGUGUCUUUUGUCCAUGCCAGGCAUGGCAUUGAGAAGAAUUCCAGUUCUCCGUGAAGGACUGGCCAGGAAGGAAGGAGGGUGUCAGCUUUUUCAAUGGUCAAUUUUUUAAUAUGAAAUUUUUAUUUUACUGUAUGUUAUCAAGCAAAACAUGUAUUAUACCAAAGCCAGAGUAGGUUUUAAUUAUUUAUAUUAAAAGAAAAAUUACCUGGUUCUGCUUCUUGGUACUUUACUAUAAAAUUAAUUGAAGGGUAAUUGCUGAUCCCAUCUCUGCAUUUUGACAGUUCCCAUAACGCUACCCUAUAAUCAGUCUAUAUGAAAUCUUGCAUUUUUAUCCUUGAUUUAAGGUGUCUCCUGCAUACACCUUUUUUUUUGCAGGGAAGGGUUUUUGGCCUAGGGUAUGGUGUAAUUAAAGAGCAGUGGUUAUACUCUGACUAAAAGAGGAGUAAACUUGACCAACAAGAUUGAACUCUAGCAGUUAUACAUUAAGAGCAAUGUUUAUUUGGUCAAUGACCAGCAAAAAUUUAAAAAGACAACACAGAAGUAAAAUCAAAUGGAUACAGGUUGUUUCUAUGUUUUUACUUAGCAUCGCUGCUCUUACAAUCUGUCUCUCUAGCCCAGGGAUGGGCGGUUGAUUUUUUCAAGAGGCCACAUGACAAACUGGAACUGUUGUGGAGGGCCAAAUCAGUAGGGCUUUGAAGGGGUAUAGGCAUGCACCCAUGCAUAUACAUAAAUUGAAUAAGAAUUGCCUUCAAAAUAAAAGCAAUACAAUUUUAUUGGACAUAUGAUGUACCAUUAUUUCCAUUUGAUUUCUAAUUUCUAAUUUUUGAAUCAUGUCCCAGGUGCAGUCAAAGGGGCUGACUCCUUUUCAGUUAAUUACAUCACAUUAAAGCAUAGAAAACCAGCACAAACCUAACCACAAACAAAACUGAUAGGAAAUGAUUACUAGAAUUGCACUAUAAUAAUUUUUUAGCCAGUGUUUUUCAACUUUAAAAUGAGUGGACAUCAAUUCCCAGAAUUCUCCAACCAAUUGAUCUGCCCAUCUUAAAGUCACCAAGGUUGAGAAACACUGUUUUAACCAUUGCUGGAGCAAACUACCAACAUAGCUAGGACCCAGAUUGUUGGGACAAUAUGCUGAUUCUGUAAACCGCUUAGAGAGGGCUGUAAAUGC